AUGUAACAAGAUUCAAAAAACAAGAAGGUUUAUUAUCAAGAAGUAUGCCACCAAAAACAUUAGAAUUCUAAGAUUCUAUCGGUUAAAUUUGUUAAGGAUGAUACUAAUAUAAUUAGUAUAGGAAAGGAUGAUCAUUUUAUUAAACUUGAGUAAUAAAAUAAAGAAUGGGCACUGAAAGAAGUAGUUUUGGAGAAUUAAUAAUUACAAUGUUGCACUUUCAGCUAAGCACUAGGCAGCUUCGUUUAUGCUCAUAAAAAAGGAUAAAUAGAUCAACUAAGCUAUAAUUAGGAAUAAGAUAAAUGGGUGUCAAAAACAAUUAGAGAAUCUGAAGGCAAUCAAAUUCUAGAAUUGUAAUUGAAUAACACAUCAACAAGAAUGGUGUAAUGCUUAUAUGAUUUUGCCGUUGCUUUGGAAAAUUAGAAUUAAGAAUGGGUUGAGAUAAGUUCUUUGAAUGAGACUUUCACUGAAGAUGAAUGCAUAUUUACAACAAGCGUAAGUUUUAAUCGAGAUUCCCAAGAGAUUGCAAUUGGAUUUACAGAUGGUCAUAUAUCAAUUUGGAAAUAAAUAAACAAUGAAUGGUAGAUCUAUUAGAGAUUGGAAUUACAUCAAGGAUCUAUAACCAAGGUGAGAUUUAGCAGUUCAAAAGAUAUAUUGGUUGGUGCUGAUUAGAAGGGUAACGCUAUUAUUUGGGAGAAAAACCAACAAAGUUAAAAAUAUGAAUUAUAAUGUCAGUAUUAGAGUGAGAAGACUAUCGAGGUGAUUUAUUUUAAUUUGAAUUCAAGCAUUCUGCUUAUUGGAGAAGGCUCAUAAGUGAGAAUAAUGAAAUAAUUGAAAGACAAUAAAUGGGUGUUUAUGUAAACAAUUGAGGUGAAGGAUUUGGUUUCAUGCAUUGAUAUAUCAAAUGAUAAUAAACAAUUGGUAGUAGGAUAGAACAAUGGAUUUAUUAGUAUGUUUGAGUAUGUUGGAUAAUGA